AUGAGUCACUCCAACACUUGGUCUCCGGCAAAAAAGGGGUUUCGCGCUGGCGCGCUGAAGCCCUAUAGCGCCUUGGCCACAGCCAUCGUCCUCGUAGCCGUCCUGUUCUUCUGCACUGCGCCUGGACAUUCCCAACCGGGAUACCGCCAUUAUGGGCCAGGGAUGGGUGGCCCUCACCCUCCAGUCCACGGGCGGCCCGGUGGCUAUCAUGGUGGGUUUCGCCCUCCAAUGGUUCACCGCCCCGGGUAUCCUAUAGGGUAUCACGGGGUACGUGGUCCAUAUGGACCUCACCCUCCUCAUGUCCCUGGUAGGUUUGGGGGAGGCCCGGGCCCUGUCAUUCCUGGACCAGUGCACCCUCCGGUACACCAUGGCCCAAGACCCUUCAACUACGGCUCCGCAUCUCAUUGGUCAAAUUUCGGACCCUCUUCGCAAUACCCUUCUGUGCCCAUGGCACCUCUCCACGGAGCACCAGGCGCCCAAGUACCUGGCGAGCAAGCUCCCGCGGCCGAGUCAACCCCGGAAGUCCCUCAUGUGUCCAACAAUUUAUUCAACUAUAUGACGCAAGACGAAGAAGGACUUACAAACCAAGCCCCAUCAUCAAAUGACGCCUGGUUCGCAUCCAACCCUGAGAGCGCACAGGAAGAAUCAGCCACCGCAACAGGUAUGGGUAUAGAGGAGGAGCCAAAUGCAGAGAGCGACCGGGAAGACAGAGAAAACGACGGCUUUUUGGCGAACAGGGCGAAUCCAAAGGAAGAAACAAAAAAAGAAGCAAAGAGCGAAGAGGCAAAGAGAGAGGCGUCAAAGAAAGAAGGGGAUGAGAAGGAGGAGGCGAAGGAACAAAAGGAAAAGAAGGACGAGGCGGCCAAAAAGAAGGCGGAAGCUCUCAAGGAGGCUGCAAAGGAGAAGAAAGAAGAGGAAAAUAGAGGAGAUGACGAAAAGGAAAAGAAGGUGAAUAGAGAGGAAGGCAAAGCAGAGGCAAAAAAGGCAGAGAAAGAAAAGGAGGAAAAAGAAGGCAGGGAAGCGGAAAAAGCCGACGAGAAAGAUGAUGAAAAGAAGGAAAAGGAAGCGGAAAAAGCCGACGAGAAAGAUGAUGAUGAAAAAAAGGAAAAAAAGGAAAAGAGUGACGAGAUCCCUUCCCGCAAGUCGCACUCGGAAGAGUUUCACAAGGAGGAGUCCUCCCGCAGUGAGGAGGAGUCCCACAAAGAGACUUCUCACAAACAAGAGAGAUCCCAGUGA